AACACUCUCUACUCUUCACCUCCAUCAACACUUGAGAUACUUCCUCCUCCGCCUCAAAUACUAUGGCAACGGCUCCUAAAGGCCAUGUUUGCCCGCCAUCAAAUGCAAAACAUCCUUCUGACCGCUGGGAAUCCCUCUUCAUAUAUUCUUUCAUUUGCAAAUUCACAAAUCUUCGAGGCAAGGUUGAGGGACUUGAAACACCAAUGGAUUUCGAAAAUGCGCUUCUACUGCGAGAACCUAAUGUGAUAGUCACUGGCGUACUCACCCGAUUCAUCUUGAAUCUUCGUCCUCAUACGCGUAACCUUAGCGAGGAUCAAAUCUCCAGCACUGUGGCUGCAGUGUUGGGUGACUAUUUCAAAACUCCAGAAAGAACCAUAUAUUGGAACGACGAUUUGAACAAGAACGUGGAUCCUUUUUCAAGUCUCGAAGGAGGUUUCUUUGCAGCUGAUUGGGACUUCAAACUCAAAAUAUUGCGCCAGCUUGUCGAAUUGCAGUUGUCCCAUAGCACAGACAUCAAAGCAAAGAUUGAUCGUGCUUGGGGUGUGAAUGUUAACAAAAAUAAAAAGAAAGAUCCUGCAACUGCUCCCCCGGAUCCUUCAGACCCAGAUAGUCGAACAAGUCUACAAAUGUUGCCUCUCGGACAAGAUUCUCAACGCAGACGAUAUUGGGUUUCCGACAAAUCCCCUCGUGUAUAUAUAUCUACAAAUCCUUGGAAAACAACCGCAACUUUUCAGAGCAUUUCUUCGACUCGUGAAGAGUAUAUGACUAUUACUGAAAAUUUGAAACAAACUGCACCACGACCUUCGGGUACAAAGGGGAAGGCCAAGAAAUGGACAAAACAAGAAGCUUCACAUCAUGCAUUAGUCGAGGCGCUGGAAUCAAGACUGCAAAUUGUUGAUGCUGAACUAGCUCGAGUGGCCAAAGUGCAAAGAAAGAUCGAGCAACGCAAGCUACUUAUGGCUCAAGCAGAGCUACGACAAACUCGGACGCGCCGACAAACCAGGAAACCAGAUUACGUUUACAACAAUGCAGCGUACAGUGAGGUUCGCAAUAUCAAGUUUCUUAAUCCCGUCAUGGUUGAUUUUAAUCUGGUUUCCCAGGAUGAUGGCGAUGAGUACACUUUUCAGGAAGAUGAGGGGUAUGAAGAAGACAAUGCUGAUUAUGAUGAAGAUGGUUCACGGCGUUCUUCACGUCGAAAUAAAUCCAAGGAAGGCCAGCGGCGCUCAACUCGCGCAGCGGUGGUUAACGCGAAUGGCAAACGAGAGGCAGAGCAGGACAAAUGGAGUAACUGGCGGGGAGAACGACGAUCCGCGCGUCUCGGCGCACCAGAAGAGAUGUUGCUAGAUUACACCCCUCCCACCAAACGCGCUCGCACAGAUGACAGUGCCCUCAGCACGAAUUCUUCUGAGGCCGGCCCUUCGUUCUCAAACAAUGAUAGACCAGUUAAGGUAAAAACCACCGGCGCGGCGGCUCUGAAACCCACCGAGUUUGCAGCUGAGCAAGUCGCGGGUAGAAAAAAGUCCAAGUACUGGAUUUAUGCAGUCGAGCCUAUCCCCAAGCCUGGAGUCAUUCCUACAUCGACCAGUAAUCAGACGAACUACGCUGAUGGCAAUGUAUUGAACGCGGAAGUCUCAACAAAUGGCGGGCCUAUGGAUAUCGAUGUUCCCACCCAUCACAGUAUUUCUCCUCCUGCGAGCGGCAGUCAUGGUACAAACGCUGACUCUGGUGUCGAUAUUCCUGCUUCGCCCUCUCCAAAAGUUCAAGCCGAGCUCAAUCAAGUCAUGACAGGGAGCCUUUCACCUCUCUCACCAUGACUCACGUUUUCGCUUUUAAACGUAUAUCUGUGCACAAUUACUUUUAGCGCCAUCACCAACACUACCGUAUACUCGAUGCCAAUUCGUAAUGUAUAUACUAAGAAUAGUACUUACCCUGCUACUAGCCUAUGAUACGUACUGGAGAGUUCACCAGGAUUUAGAUUGU